GAGGAGGCGGGGGCGGGGCUCGGAGACCAUGAAGGACGCGGCGGCCGCGGCCCGAACCGCCACCUACACGGCCCAGUGCGAGGAGUGCGUUCACGUGGCCGAGUUCAGCCCCUUCGGGAGCGGCCUGGCCGGGGGCCUCCUCGCCUACGGAGGCCGCAACUAUGUGGUUGUUGGGACGUGCAGCUUCCAGGAAGAAGACACUGAAAUUAAAGGUGUAGAAUACAAUACACUGAAGACUUUUCAUCGUGGUAUUCGUGUAGAUGCAAUCGCUUGGAGUCCAGAAACUAAACUUGACACAGUGCCACAGGUACUCAGAUUGUGCACAGCAGAUGCUGAUAAUAAGUUGAGACUUCUCACAUCUGACCUCAAAGAUGAAAAUGGAUGGAAGGUAAUCGAAGGUCAUGCAGAUUACAUCAAUGACCUAGUAUUUGAACCCAACGAUGGAAAGCAAAUUGCAAGUGUUAGUGACGAUCACACGUGUCGAAUCUGGGACCUUGAGGGGAACCAAAAAGCAUCUUUUCUUCUUCAUUCUCCAGGCAUGAGUGUGUGCUGGCACCCAGAAGAGAGUUUCAAAUUGAUGGUGGCAGAAAAGAAUGGAAUCAUAAGGUUUUAUGACCUGGUCACUCUGCAGGCUAUUCUCUCUCUGGAUUGUGGACAGAUGCCACUAAUGUCAGCAGACUGGUGUUUAGGAAACACUAUAAAAGUUGGUGCAGUGUCAGGAAAGGACUGGUUUAUCUGGGAUAUCACUCGCUCCAGUUACCCCCAAGAUAAGAGACCAUCACACUUGGAUGGAGCGAGACGAUUCCGGUGGUCAAGAGCCAGUGAAAAUCUUUUUGCAACUACUGGUUGUCCAGGAAAGAUAAACAGCCAACUGCUGGUUCAUCACUUGGGCCAUCCCCAGGCAAUUAUGAUUGGUUCUGCAUCUGUGGCUUCAGGACUGAGCUGGCACAGGACCCUUCCAUUAUGUGUGAUCGGAGGCGAUCACAAGCUAUUAUUUUGGAUGACUGAAAUGUAGAGCCAAUGCAUUUUACUAUUCAGUUAAGUUGUAAAAUAUUUAAAGUGCUUUGAAUGUUUAAUACAACUCUCUUAAUUCUGUUUUCAAAGUGGCAUCAGUAUUAAAUGACUCCAUAUUUUCUUUAUUUGUAAAUGAAUACAAAUUGAAAAAUAAA